GGAUAAGAAGUCUGUCUGUGCCGCAAUCCACCAGUCCAUCAGCUUCUUCAAGCACUUCAUCUAGAGCACUGCCCGACGAGUCGAUUGUGUCUCAUUUCCUUUUCCUUCCCUAACUUCUGCGUUUUUGUCUUAGACACCUGGAGCUGGACUCUGCUACUAAUCGCUAUUCGAUAAUCUCUUCCUGUCUCUAUCCUCAGUCUCCACAGCUCUGGUAGCUUCACAUCAUUCAUCAUGUAUAGCCGUCAAACAACACCCCCGACUGCUCCUUUCAACUACAUCCCGGGCAGUGUCGGCUCGGACGUCACAUACUACUCUCAAGCCUCAUCACCAGAACCUCAACUCGCUGGUCCUACCCCUCCACGGUCACCAGUUCGGCAAUAUGGACCUGUUCUCCUCCCCAAGGUCCGCAUGCAAGAUCAAGUUGCCGAGCCCACCAGUGGUCCCAUUAGACAUCGCAGGACGACGUCUACCUCAUCCAGCAUCGGCUAUGCCUACAGCCCUUACUCACGGCCAGCCUCGAUGGCUCGUCGUGAUUCCAGUCCUUUCAACCACAACAUCCACAAUGCCCACAGCACAAUGACAUCUCCCGUGUCAACAGCUUCCUCAUACGACUUCAACCUCUCUACUCUCAACUCUCCCAUCACAUUCGCACAACAGCCCGAGCUUGCACGUCGGUCUUCGUACGUCAGCUCGCACUCCCGCUCUACUUCAGCCAACCGAGCCCGCCAUGCUCGCGCUGGCUCUGCUGGAAGUGUUGAUGAGCAGGUUAUCAGCCGAUAUGGCUUCCCCACCUACCGCAACAUGCCCAGCUACGUCACUGCUUCAAGUGCGCCUCAGUCCAACCUGAGCCUCGUCACUUCCCUUCCAUCGUCUUACUCUUCGGUUCAAGACAUGCCCAGCUUUACCUCCACUUGCACUCAAGACUUUGUUGUCCCAGAGUUCGAGGCGGCGCCGGCUGUGCAGUACCCCUCUUUCACAGAUGUCAGUUUUGACAGCUUUCAGCAAGUCCCUGCUACAUCGUCUCUGGUCGAGUACCUCUCCUCUACCAACCCCUCCCCAUCUCUGGUUCGCCGUGUCACUAGCGCACCACGCGGCAUCAACAACCACUUCUGGUGGGACAUCCGCAACCUCCGCAGCUGGGAAGAUUUCAACAUUACCACUAUCAAGUCCAUCCCCUCGGUCCUUCCUCUUCUUGAGGUCCCAGUCCCAGCCAACUACCUUCCCCAGCCUUGCCGCCAGAACCUGCAACCAGAGAACGAGUCAGCGCUCCAAGACAUCUGCACAAACUACUACGCCAACAAGGUCAACGCUGCACUGAAGGUUGCUCAGGGAAACUCUCACAUGGUCAUGCGCGCCAUCAAACCCGUCGCCGGUCAACGCCAACAACCAGAGUUCGUCUCCAACUACCCCUCCGACUAUGAGAAGACUCUCUUCGGUGACAGCCGAGGUCGUGUCGUCGGUCUCGUCAAGUGCUACGACCAAUGGAACACUGGCAUGCGCAGCGAGUCACCUCCAAAGCAAGUUCUCUACCUCCAGGGCCUCGCUCACCUCCACCGCGUCAUGCGCGAGCACGGCUGCCGCUACGGCUUCAUCAUGACCGAGAUCGAACUUCUCUGCGUCCGCUGCGGUGGCCCAUCCUCCUUCUCCACCCCCGACCCUACAACCGUCAACGCACAAACCGGUGUGCCCAUUUAUGGUUACUUGGAGACCUCUGCUCCUAUUCGUCUCUCAACUUCCGGUUCGCACCCUGAGACUGGCGACAUUCAAUUGACCGCUGCCCUCGCUCUUUGGUACCUGCACAUGCUCGCCAAGGAGAACCCCUUUGAGGGUAUGGGCACCUGGCGCAUGGACGUCGGUGGCCCUGCCGCUUUGACCAGGCAAAACUUCUUGGACAAAGACACUUGGAUUCCUAAGCCGCAGCUUGGCGAGAAGAGGGAGGCGAAGAGGGUUAGGGGUUGGGUUUUCCCUGAUGAGCCAUUGAGUAAGAGGGAGUGUGGUAAGGGAAAGAGGGGAAAGUCUAUUGGUUAAUUGGUUGAGUUUGGUAAUGGUUAUGAGGAAUGAUGGUAUGAUGAGAUGAUGGAUGAUGGGAUGGGAUAUGAUAAAACAGCUGCUGGUCAGCAUAAGCUCUCUUUUUGCAUUGAGCGGCGUUUUCUUUCUAUUGGGCUUUAGCAGCAUUACCUGGCGUUUUCUUGAUAACACAGCAUUUACAUGGCGCGAUAGUUUUGGGUUAAAUAUCUCAGUAGUUCAGAAGCAAUGGUACUUCUCACCAUCAACGCUGUC